UGGUAACACUAAAAUCAUUCCCCCGUCUCUCGAGUGUUAUGUACAUGGAUAUUUCCUUGGUUAUGUAUUUGUACUUCAAGUGGUGGUCGGACACAGAGAUGUAACUUUUCUUUCAUUUCUUUCUCACGUUAUUUAUUGUGUCAAAGAUCGCUAUGAGGACAUUAUUAUUCUUCUAUAAUAAGACAGUCACGUCACUAACACAAUGCACUCUUGCUGUCUACACCAGAAAGUCCCACACACUGUCCAGAUUUCAAUUCGUUCAGCAUGCAGGAGGUAGAAAGCAUGCUUGCCGACAGUGCAGUUCAGCAGCUGCUGAAGCAGAGAAAGACUCAUUUUUUAAAUGGUUUCUGCUGCUUAUUCCUGUCAGCACCUUUGGUCUGGGAACAUGGCAGGUUAAGCGGCGUCAGUGGAAAUUACAGCUGAUUGGCGAUCUGACCAGACUCACUACAGCUGAGCCUAUUCCUUUGCCUGCAGACCCUCAUGAACUGAACAACUUGGAAUACAGGAGGGUGAAAGUACAUGGAAGAUAUGACCACUCAAAAGAACUGUAUAUCAUGCCCCGGUCACCAGUUGAUCCUGAGAGGGAAGCGCGAGAGGCGGGCAGGAUCACAUCCAGUGGAGAGAUUGGUGCAAAUGUAAUCACCCCAUUCCAUUGUACUGACCUUGGCAUCACAAUUCUUGUCAAUCGUGGGUAUGUCCCAAGGCAGAAGAUUAAGCCAGAGACAAGGAUAAAAGGACAGGUGGAAGGGGAUGUAGAGGUGGUUGGAAUAGUCAGACUGACAGAGAAUCGGAAACCAUUUGUCCCAAGUAACGAUGUGCAGAAGAACCGAUGGCAUUACCGUGACCUGGAGGCCAUGGCUCAGCUUACUGGUGCUGAGCCCAUCUUCAUUGACGCAGACUUUGCUAGUACGGUUCCUGGAGGACCAAUUGGCGGGCAGACAAGAGUAACUCUCCGAAAUGAACAUAUGCAAUACAUCAUUACAUGGUAUGGCCUUUGUGCUGCAACAUCUUAUAUGUGGUAUGCAAAGUUUGUGAAGAUGAUUAAAAUAUAGUUUGUGGAACAAUGUAAGAACAUUUAUGUGCAUUAAAGCAUGUCACUUUAAUUUGA